CCAGCAUUAGAAGAUUAGCAGACCUAGUGGCAACAGUAUUGAAAAUAUCACCGAGAGCAGCGAAACUUCACAAACUUCAAUACAGGACUUUAAAAAAUAUAAAUAAAUAAAAAGAAGGAACUAAACGCACAGCCUAAACCGAAGAACUAUUACAAUCAUGGUUUGAAUUUCCUGUAACGAUUAUCAUUACCUACUGUUAAAUCGUUUUGCAAGGAUCCAAUUGUCAAAAUAACAAUAUUAAUAAACACACUUUUUGGUCUUGGGGCGGGAGGGGGCAGGGGGUGGGGGGUCAAACUCUUAAAAUGCAGCUUGCAGCGGUUUGUGGCACUCUGAUAGCUUCCGUGCUUUUAAUUCAAGCCAUUGCAGGAAACACGGAAUGCUCAUGUGGACGAAAUCAUUUCACGUGUGCGGUGAAUACCUUCGGGGAGUGCACCUGCAUUCCAGCUCCGUGGCAGUGCGAUGGGGACAACGACUGUGGGGAUCACAGUGAUGAAGACGGGUGCAUGCUUCCUACCUGCUCCCCAUUGGAUUUCCACUGCGACAACGGGAAGUGUAUCCGCCGUUCCUGGGUGUGCGAUGGGGACAACGACUGUGAAGAUGAUUCGGAUGAGCAAGAUUGUCCUCCCCGAGAGUGUGAAGAGGAUGAGUUCCACUGCCAGAAUGGAUACUGUAUCCGCAGCCUUUGGCACUGCGACGGAGACAAUGACUGCGGAGACAACAGCGACGAGCAGUGUGACUUGAGGAAAUGUUCAGACAAGGAGUUCCGGUGUACUGAUGGAAGCUGUAUUGCUGAACACUGGUACUGCGAUGGAGACACAGAUUGCAAAGACGGAUCAGAUGAGGAAAACUGCCCCUCUGAUGUUCCCAUGGUGACAUGCAGCAUGGAGGAGUUUCAGUGCUCGUAUGGCCGCUGCAUCCUCGAUAUCUACCACUGUGACGGCGAUGACGACUGUGGUGACUGGUCAGAUGAGUCUGAUUGCUCCUCUCACCAGCCCUGCAGAUCUGGGGAGUUCAUGUGCAGCAGCGGCCUGUGCAUCAACGCUGGCUGGAGGUGUGAUGGAGACUCUGACUGCGAUGACCAGUCCGAUGAGAAAAACUGCACCACCUCCACUUGUACCACCGACCAGUUCCGCUGCAAGUCUGGGCGCUGUGUGCGGUUGUCAUGGAGAUGCGACGGGGAAGACGACUGCUCAGAUAACAGCGACGAAGUAGGCUGUGAAAAAACAGAUUCUCCUCAGUGUGCUCCAGACCAGUUCCUGUGUAGGAAUGGCCGCUGCAUCGGUCAGAGGAAGGUGUGUAAUGAGGUCAGCGACUGUGGCGAUGGCAGCGAUGAGAGCCCCCACCAGAACUGCCGUCCCAGGUCGAGUGAGGAGACUUGCAAUGUGAACAAUGGUGGCUGUGCUCAGAAAUGCCAGAUGGCUCGAGGACUGGUGCAGUGCACGUGUCACACUGGGUUCAGGCUGAAGGAUGACGGGAGGUCAUGUCAAGAUGUGAAUGAGUGUUCGGAAGAAGGCUACUGCAGUCAGGGCUGCACUAACACCGAGGGAGGUUUCCAGUGCUGGUGUGUGCACGGCUAUGAACUCCGACCUGAUAAACGCAGCUGCAAAGCAUUAGGGCCAGAGCCUGUUCUGCUGUUUGCCAACCGGAUUGACAUCCGACAAGUGCUUCCCCACCGCUCCGAGUACACGCUCCUGCUCAACAACCUGGAGAACGCCAUCGCUCUGGACUUCCACCACAGCAUGGAGCUGGUCUUCUGGUCGGACGUCACGCUGGACAGGAUCAUGAAGGCCAACUUGAACGGGAGCAAUGUUGAGGAGGUGGUGUCGACAGGCCUUGAGAGUCCAGGUGGUCUUGCAAUUGACUGGAUCCAUGACAAGCUGUACUGGACAGACUCUGGCACAUCUCGCAUUGAGGUCGCCAACGUGGAUGGCACUCACAGGAUGGUGCUCCUGUGGCAAAACAUGGAGAAACCACGAGCCAUAGCUCUCCACCCAAUCGAAGGGAAGAUCUACUGGACUGACUGGGGCAACACUCCACGGAUUGAGUACGCCAACAUGGACGGCUCCAAUCGCAGGAUCAUUGCUGACACCAACCUCUUUUGGCCAAACGGGCUCACUAUCGACUACGCUGGCCACAAAAUGUACUGGGUGGAUGCCAAGCAUCAUGUGAUCGAGCGAGCCGAUCUGGAUGGGAGCAACAGGAAAGCGGUCAUCAGCCAAGGGUUGCCCCAUCCCUUUGCCAUCACUGUCUUUGAGGACAGUCUGUACUGGACUGACUGGCACACCAAGAGCAUCAACAGUGCCAACAAGUUCACAGGCAAGAACCAGGAGAUCAUCCGCAACAAACUCCACUUCCCCAUGGACAUCCACACACUGCACCCACAGCGGCAGCCAGCGGGAGGGAGAAACCGCUGUGGGAACAACAAUGGUGGUUGCAGCCACCUCUGCCUGCCCAGCAACAAAACAUUCACCUGUACUUGUCCCACUGGCUUCCAGAAGAUCGACAAUUUCAACUGUGCUCAAAGUCUUGACAAGUUCCUGCUUUUUGCCCGAAGGACGGACAUCCGUCGGAUCAGCUUCGACACAGAGGACAAGUCCGACGAUGUCAUCCCGCUGGCUGAUGUGCGCAGCGCUGUGGCCCUGGACUGGGAUUCCAAGGAUGAGUACAUCUACUGGAGCGACGUCACCACCGACUCUAUUAACAGGGCCAAGUGGGACGGCUCCAGACAGCAGGUCGUUGUGGAUACCAGUCUGGAGAGUCCAGCCGGUCUUGCUUUUGACUGGGUGACCAGCAAACUCUACUGGACAGAUGCAGGUACAGACAGGGUUGAAGUGUCCAAUGCAGAUGGCAGCAUGAGGACUGUGCUGAUCUGGGAGAACCUGGACAGACCCAGGGACAUAGUAGUGGAUCCCAUUGGAGGGUACAUGUACUGGACAGACUGGGGAGCCAACCCCAAGAUCGAGCGGGCAGGGAUGGAUGCCUCAAACCGCAUUGUCAUCAUCUCCUCCAACCUGACCUGGCCCAAUGGACUGGCGAUUGACUAUGAGACCGAGAGGCUGUACUGGGCAGAUGCUGGCAUGAAAACCAUAGAGUUCUCCAACUUGGAUGGCACUGACAGACAGGUGUUGAUUGGAAGCCAGCUGCCCCACCCCUUUGGGCUGACUUUGUAUCUGGACAAAAUCUACUGGACAGACUGGCAGUCCAAGAGCAUCCAGAGUGCUAAUAAACUCAGUGGCCUGGGCCGAGUCACUCUGAGAGAGAACCUGGAGAACCUCAUGGAUAUUCACAUGUUUCACCGGCACAGGUCACCAGUGCCCACAGUGUGUAAAGUGAAUAAUGGAGGAUGCAGUCACCUCUGUCUGCUGGCUCCCCUGCCCAAGGGCUCCAGCUGCGCCUGCCCAACAGGAAUCAACCUCCAGUCUGAUGGAAAGACCUGCGCUCACGGCAUGAACAGCUUCCUGAUUUUUGCACGAAGGACAGACAUCCGCAUGGUUUCUUUGGACAUUCCGUACUUUGCCGAUGUUGUUCUUGCGAUCAAUGAAUCUUUGAAAAAUACCAUUGCCAUUGCUGUGGAUCCUAAAGGAGGGAAGGUGUACUGGUCAGACAGUACGUUGAAAAAAAUAAGCAGAUCCAACCUGAAUGGAACAGAGUAUGAAGAUAUUAUCACAACUGGUUUAAUGACGACGGAUGGACUGGCGGUGGAUGCUGUGGGCCGUAAGAUUUACUGGACUGACACUGGGACCAACCGGAUUGAAGUCGCCAAUUUGGAUGGAUCAAUGAGAAAAGUUCUUAUUUGGCAAAAUCUGGACAGCCCGAGGGCCAUUGCACUCUACCAUGAAAUGGGAUAUAUGUUCUGGACUGACUGGGGAGAGCAUGCAAAGCUGGAACGUUCUGGAAUGGACGGAACAGGCCGCGUGGUACUCAUCAGUAACAACCUGGGCUGGCCCAAUGGACUGGCCAUAGACAAGGCAGGGUCCCAGUUACUGUGGGCUGAUGCUCAUACUGAGCGUAUCGAGGCAGCUGACCUGAACGGUGCCAACCGUCGAACUCUGGUCUCCCCGGUUCAGCACCCCUACGGACUGACCCUACUUGGCCCACACAUCUACUGGACAGACUGGCAGACCCGCAGCAUCCAGAGAACAGACAAGAACACGGGCGGCAGCAGCAUCACUGUGCGUGGAAACCUGCCUGGCCUCAUGGACAUUCAGGCUGUGGACCGGGACAAGCCCCUGGGCUUUAAUAAGUGUGGUGUGAGAAACGGAGGCUGCAGCCAUCUGUGCCUCCCCAAUCCCAGCAGCCUCUCCUGCUCGUGCCCCACGGGGAUCCAGCUGAAGAGCGAUGGGCGGACAUGUGACGACUCCCCCGAGACAUACCUGCUCUUCUCUAGCCGUGGCAGCAUCCGCCGCAUCUCCCUGGACACCAACGACCACACUGACGUCUACGUGCCGGUGCCUGAGCUCAACAACGUCAUCUCACUGGACUACGACAGCGUGGACGGCAAGGUCUACUACACAGACGUGUAUCUCGACGUCAUCAGGCGCGCCAACCUGAAUGGAAGUACCUUGGAGACUGUGAUUGGCCACGGCCUGAAAACGACGGACGGGCUGGCGGUGGACUGGGUGGCUCGGAAUCUAUACUGGACAGACACAGGCAGGAACACCAUCGAGGUAGCCCGGCUGGACGGCUCCAAUCGCAAAGUGCUCAUUAACAACAGUCUGGACGAGCCCAGGGCCAUCGCUGUGUUCCCAAGGAAGGGGUAUCUAUUCUGGACUGACUGGGGUCACAUUGCUAAGAUUGAGAGGUCACACCUGGAUGGUUCUGAGCGCAAGGUCCUCAUCAAUACUGACCUGGGCUGGCCCAAUGGAUUGACUCUAGACUACGACACCCGAAGGAUCUACUGGGUCGAUGCACACUUAGACCGGAUAGAGAGUUCUGAUCUCAAUGGAAAACUGCGCCAGAUCUUAGUCAGCCCUGUCUCCCACCCCUUCGCCCUCACACAGCAAGACCGAUGGAUUUAUUGGACUGACUGGCAGACAAAGUCUAUUCAGCGAGUAGACAAGUACACAGGAAGGAGCAAGGAGACCAUUCUUGCCAAUGUUGAGGGACUCAUGGACAUUAUUGUAGUGUCACCACAGCGGCAGACUGGUACCAACUUCUGCGGAGUUAAUAAUGGAGGUUGCACUCACCUUUGCUUUGCCAGAACCACAGAUUUUGUUUGUGCCUGUCCGGACGAAAGUGAUGGAAAACCUUGUUCCACAAUUCCAGGUUAUGUACCGCCAGCUCCUGACACUUCUACAACAAGUGCUACUCAGCCUGAUAAAUAUCACAAGAACCCUGGUGUCUCCACAGAGAAACCCACACCACCUGUCCAUACACCUGGAAAAAAUUGCUCUGUACAUGGUGCAGGUCUUGCAAACUGUAACACUGAGCGGGGUGAUGGUCCAGUCCCCUCUGAUGAAAGUUCGCACAUGAGUUACAUCAUUGGGGGAGUCCUAACCGUGCUGGCCUUCCUCGUUCUUAUUGCUGCCUUUAUCAUAUACAGGCACAAAAAGUCAAAGUUUGCAGAUCCAGGAGUGAGCAACCUGACUUACAGUAACCCAUCAUACCGCACCUCCACGCAAGAGGUGAAAAUAGAAACGGUGCAGAAGCCACCUAUUUAUAACCAGCUACGAUGUAAGAAAGAGACCGGCAUUGACAACAGUUACACCAAGGAGAAGAUCAAGAUCGUGGAGGGAAUCUGCCUGCUGUCCAGCGACGAGCUGUACUGGGAGGACCUGAAGCAGAUGAAGCCCUCGCGGGGUGGGAUCCUGCGGGACCACGUCUGCAUGAAGACGGACACGGUGUCCCUGCAGGCCAGCAGCAGCGGCUCGCUGGACGAUGCAGAGAUGGAGCAGCUGCUGCAGGAGGAGCAGCAAUCUGAGUGCAGCAGCGUCCACACCACCACGGCGACCACGCCCGAGCGACACAGCUCUCUGCCAGAUACAGGCUGGGAGAUCCAGUGCAAGCCCUCCACUGAGAGCGAGGUCUGAUUCACCCUCCCGCCAGCAGGCCUCAGAUUCCUCCUGCUUUUUAUAUUUCACCACAAACUGCAUCCGGCUUCAGUUACUUUAGUCCUGCGACUGCUGCCUCAGAUAGAGACUGAGAGAACUGGGUGGGGAAGACAAAAUAAUAAGACUGAAUGAAUAAAUAAGUAACUAUCUGGAAACCAUUAGAUUUUUUAACAAAAAUACAUUAUCGGACUGCUUUUGUGGGUCAUUUUAAUUGUGGACUUUUUUUUGCGGGGGUGGGGAGGAUUCACUAAACUAAUAACUCUAAUACGCCACUCAAAAUAUAUUGGAAGAUUUGUUGUUUUAUUUAUAUAUAUUUUUUUUUAUUUAAUUUUAUUUGGAGUGGUUUGUAAACAUACUAGGCCUCCUAAACAAAAAUCCAGCGAGAGACUUGGAAUUAAAACAAAACAAAAAAAAACAACAAACAAACAAAAAAAACAGCCCAAAGAGGCAUUUUAUGUGUGUGUGUGUGUGUGUGUGUGUGUGUGUGUGUGUGUGUGUGUGUGUGUGUGUGUCUGUGCCAAAAGAGCUUGACUUUUUAUAUCCAGUCAAGGUCCACUCCCUUUGGUUUGCAUUUCCCUGUAGUUUUCACAAAGGGCGUCAGCUGAAUAGCACAGAUACUGCCUCAUCCGUUAGAGGGCUGUUAGAUGUUGCAGAAUCAGCCAAAGAGUACAUCAACAAAUAAUUUAAAUAAAUAAUAUUUCUGGGGAAGAAAUCAGCCCACAUGUGAAGGGGGUGGUUUGAGAGAAAAAGGCCUGCUUUCACUGUCAAGAUAUUCCAUAUGCAUAAUUUAAUUAUCAUUAAAGACAAAUGCUUAGCAACUUUAUUUUUCCUUUUGAGGAAAACACCAACAUCUGUUCCAUGUUUUAUGUGGCAUUCUGUUCUAAACCAUCAAAACGAAUAUUGCUGAUGUUCUUUGUGUUGUAUGGUUCAACAAUGUUACUAUCUGUAUCCAGCCUUUUGUGUAGAUUGUAUGCAUCACAAAAUAUAUUGCGCCUGAAGGCCUAGAUAUUACCAUAGUAACAACUUUCUUGGGCAACUGGGUAUAAUUAUUUAUAACAUGUUGUCUCUGUGGUACAAAUGAGCAGUGUGUAUGAAGUGUUUAAAAAAUAAAACCAGAAAGAACAAUCCCAAAUGAUGAUUAACCCAAAAUGUAAAACUGUGUUUUUGUUUUCUGAAUAUGCAGAUUACUGUUGGAAAUGUGUCAUACUGCAGCUUAAUUUGUAGACAUUUAUGAAAAUGCCUUUUGAAAAGUUGUUUGAAGUGCCACCUCUCUAUUAACAAAACAAAGGCCUGCGUAGCAUUGUCUAAAAAGAUUGCUUGUGAUUUAUAACACAAAGAAAGCACCAUUCAAGUAACUUCAAAAGUCAAAUAUCACUUUAACAGAAGCAUUACACACCAAGGUUGACAUAUGUUCAACUUAAGAAUCUUAUUUGACAAUGGAAAUAUUUGUAUUGUAUUAUUACAAUGCUUGUGGAGACUUGUUCAAACAUUUGUCUACUUGGAUUUCAUUUUGUAUUUGGUAUGUACUGGGGUUAUCCUACAUAGUUAAUAACUGCCUGGUAUCUUUUUUUAAAUUUGUGCGCCUUUAUUGGUAGCUAAUUAACUGAAUAACAAUAACAUUUCUUACCACUAUCAGGCAGCAUGUUGGUUAAUAUUCUAUUCUGUGAUAGCGCUAAAAAUGUGCCCUACUUUUUAUAAUUCAGAUUAAGCAUUACUUCCAGGCGAGCAGUACAGAAUUGAGAUAUGACAUCUGUAUUUGUUGAAAAAUAUAUCUCUGUAAGCACUGAUUUAUUGUAUAAAGAAAUCUGUUUUUUGUACUUUGCAA